AGCAGGUCAGAUGAGCGGCCAUCAUGUGAAAGCAAUGGACGAUGAGACUGAAAAGAGAGCCAGAGUUCUGUGGGAUUACCUGUGUCUCCGGCAGUCAUUAGAAAAGAGUGAUGUGAUCAUCGGUUUGGGCUGCCAUGACCUCCGGGUGGCGGAGAGGUCAGCUCAACUUUUCCUGGAUGGAUGGGCCCCUUACCUGCUCUUCACUGGUUACCUGGGAAAACAAACUACAGGUGUGUGGACCCGUCCAGAGGCUGAGGUGUUUCGGGAUGUAGCUCUGGCCAUGGGGAUCCCUGAGGACAGGAUCCUGCUAGAGACAGCAGCCACGAACACGGGGGAGAACAUAUGCUUUUCCUAUCAAACUCUUAGAGAAAACGGAAUACCAGUGAGGAGGCUGAUCCUGGUGCAGCAACCCUUUAUGGAGAGGAGAGUCGAGGCCACUUUCCUCCAGCAGUGGCCCGGACCCUUGGAGGACACACACUGCAUCAUCACCUCACCACUUAUAGACAUGAGUUCAUACCCCAACCCUGCUGUGGGCACCAUGCAGCAGCUAAUCAGCAACAUGCUAGGCGCCGUUGAGCGGAUCCGGGAUUAUCCUGACAAAGGUUUUCAGGUGAAGCAGGAGAUUCCUCCAGAAGCUCUGAAGGCCUACUACUGGCUCCUGCACGCUGGAUACAGCCCUCAGUGACUAUACACAA